AUGGUCCUGAAAAGAUUCUUUACAAACUCCCUUGAAGAGCUUUGCACCAAGGAGCAACUAGAAUUGCUCGACUCCAUUGACACACUGCGUUUGCAGGGCAUCAGCCAUUAUAUUUCGCUGCCCCAAAUCAUCGUCUGUGGGGAUCAAUCGUCUGGGAAGAGCUCGGUCCUGGAAGCUAUCUCGGGCGUUUCAUUCCCCGUACGAAGUAACCUCUGUACACGAUUCCCUACAGAGCUCGUCCUCCGCAAGAGCCCCCAGAUCGGGGUGAGCGUGUCCAUUGUGCCGCACCAUUCACGUACAGAGAUAGAACAGCAGUCGCUAAGUCAAUUCCAUGAGGAGCUCGAGGACUUCGAUGGCUUGCCUCGUCUGAUCGACAAUGCCAAGGCUAUCAUGGGCAUCUCUACGCAUGGAAAGGCGUUUUCCAAUGAUCUCCUGCGUGUCGAGAUCUCCGGCCCUGACCGGCCCCAUUUGACCAUCGUCGAUCUACCCGGUCUUAUUCAUUCCGAAACCAAGCAGCAGUCGGCAGCGGAUGUGAAACUUGUGCAGGAUGUUGUACAGUCCUAUAUGCGGGAGCCACGUUCAAUUAUCCUGGCUGUGGUGUCUGCCAAGAACGAUUUCGCUAAUCAGAUUGUCCUUAAAUUAGCCCGCGAGGCAGACAAGACCGGAUCGCGGACGUUAGGCGUUAUUACCAAACCGGAUACUCUGACCCCGGGAUCGGAGACCGAGGCGAUGUUUGUUUCCUUGGCGAGGAAUCAAGAGGUCUCCUUCCGUCACGGUUGGCAUGUACUGAAAAACAAGGAUUCAGAGAAGAGCAACGGGGCGUUGGUGGAACGGGAUGUGGAGGAAGAACAGUUUUUUGCCAAGGGUGUCUGGCGAGACCUUCCCUCAUCUGACGUUGCUAUUAUGCCUUUUCGGGAGCGCCUAAGCAAGGUACUACUUGGGCAGAUUGCGACUGAACUUCCCAGCCUGAUAGAAGAAAUUCAGGUCCAAGUUGGUGACUGUGAGCGGAAGUUGGAGGGACUUGGACGCCCUCGAACUACUAUAGCUGAGCAAAAGUACUAUCUUUUGCAUAUCAGCCAGAGCUUCCAGAACCUUGUGAGGACUGCCACUGAUGGCACAUACGACGACCCCUUCUUCGAUAGUGCCCAGUCGACCAGUGGUUAUAGCAAACGGAUACGUGCUGUAAUGCAAAAUCUGAAUCAAGAGUUCACUGAAAGGAUCAAUGCGGGCGGUCAUUAUCGUGAAAUCACAGAGGGAAACUAUAUCCAGCAUAUCCAAGAAGUUCUCAAACGCACGCGAGGCAAAGAGCUCCCUGGAACAUUCAAUCCGUUAAUAAUAGGUGAGCUCUUCCGUGAACAAUCCAGCCAAUGGGAAACUAUCGCGCGAGGUCACGUAACGACAGCCUGGAAUACCGCAAAAAAGUUCGUUAGAGCUGUUGUACUGCACAUCGGUGAUAUUACUACCUCGAAAGCACUGCUCCGGGAGGUUGUAGACCCGAGGUUUGACCAGCUCCUGAAGGACCUGCAGCAGCGAACCAGUGAUCUUCUUCAGCCCCAUCAGCACGGCCAUCCGAUCACAUACAAUCACUAUUUUACCGAGAAUCUUCAGCAGGCCCGGCGCGAAGUUUGGGGAGAUAGUCUCUCAAAAAUCAUUUGCAACUUCUUUGGCGUCCCAUAUCUUCAGGAUGCCUAUCUGGAUGAAAGAUCAUACGAUCUGCAUCGUCUUCACAACUCAAUCCUUCAGUCCACAGAGUCUGACAUGAGCCGCUUUGCUGCCACAGAGGCGCUUGAGUGCAUGCUUGCGUACUACAAGGUCGCUCUCAAACGAUUUAUUGAUGGUGUGGCGAUCGAGGUCAUCGAAACCAAUCUCAUCAAGCCACUGGCAGAUAUGUUUGCACCGUUAAUUGUGUUUGAUAUGCCUGAUGACCUCGCAACGCGUAUUGCAGGAGAGUCAACAGAGAACAAGUCUUGCCGAGAUCAACUCUCUAUAAAACUGCACAUCCUGCGCAAGGGAUCUGAAACUUGUAGAAGGUUUAUUGGUAUACAAGGGCUCGACAUCAUUGACGACGAUCGAUCCGACAAGCCGGAUAGUCUGGAAGUUGUUGAUACCCCGAAAGACAGCGUUGCUGAUCCUCACGAAAACGACAGCCAUUCAUUUAUAGACAUGUCAGUGGACAAUCCUCGUUUCAGUUACAGCAUGCACAAUGUUAUUUCUCAAGUUUCCGAUGACACUCCCCCUCUCGUGGAUGAGCCAACCCUUGCAGAGAAAGCCGCUGAAUCGGACUACGAUCAUAUAGCAGAUCAGCCAAUGGAGGACCCACCGCUCGAGCAGAAGGAUUGA